AAAAGAAAAAAAAAUCAGAGCAGUAUUAAGCUGUCUGAACAUGUUUGGUGGAAAUAUGUGAAAUUGCUUGCUGAAGCUCUGACUGUGUGAAACUCCCCAUAUGGCUUCUGGUAUGGAGUCUAAGGCUGAGGGUCCUCCUGUCUGGGGUGCAACAUCUGAACAGGAUCAGGCAGCUAGCCAGGUACAUUUUGUUCCGGAGAGCAAUGCAGUUGCUCAGAUUGUUUACACAGAUGAACAGGACCGACCACCACAGCAGGUGGUUUACACAGCGGAUGGCACAUCGUACACAUCUGUGGAUGGGACAGAACAUACUCUGGUGUACAUUCAUCAAUCUGAUGGAGCACAGACUGUUUUCGCAGACCAGUCCCAGGUCGCAUACAUCCAACAGGAUGCAACUACCCAGCAGGUGUGGUAUGCAGCAUCAUACGCAGACUUCGUGGAGCGGAAGAUACAUGACAUCUCUGAAGAGGAACGGAAAGAUUCACUGGACUUCAAUAGCACCGAAUGGCUGCAGCAUGACAGGACAGCUGAAAGAUUGAGAGCUUUUCUCCCUGGAGCUGUGAAUUUGCAACUUUUCAGGGUUUACGUGUCCUGGGAACGUGCUGCUUCAGUCAAAGACACUGCUUUCUCAAAGUUAUGCUUCACUCUAUUAAAUGAUUUGUUGUACCUGAUCUCUAACAGGUCAAAGUGUAGAGGUCGUGGACGAGGCAGGCGGCGGUUUGGUCCGGGGAGGCGACCAGGACGUCCGCCAAAGUUCAACCGUCAGGAAUCAACUACAGAACAGAGUCAGCAGACAUUGCAGUUUACUACGAAGCAUCGCUUUGAAGAUGCUGAUGAGCCUGUGGCCAAUGGAAUGGAUCAAGAGGACGACUCUGCAAUUAUCUCCGAACAGCCAGAAAAUGAUUCCAGUGUUGCUAAUAACACAACAUCCACAGGCCCCGGAGAGGAAGUGUGGCGGAAUAAAAGGAUACGGAAUGCUGCACUUCAUCAUCUCUUCAUACGUAAAACGUUCCGACCAUUCAAAUGCCUACAUUGUGGGAAAGCUUUUCGGGAGAAGGAAAAGUUGGAUCAGCACCUACACUUCCAUGGGAGGGAAGGCAACUAUCCACUCACCUGUGACAUCUGUAACAAAGGCUUCAUAAACAGUUCAGCACUUGAUUCGCACAUGAAAUUCCACUCGGAUCAGAAAACAUACUCCUGUAUUUUCUGCACAGAAUCUUUUGAUAGACUUGACCUGCUCAGGGAACAUGUCACAAUUCAUGUUACUAAUGGCUGUUUCACCUGCCCUUCCUGUAAAAAACAGUUCCCAGACUUCAUUCAGAUAAAGAAGCAUAUUCGCAGCUUCCAUUCUGAGAAGGUUUACCAAUGUACAGAAUGUGACAAAGCCUUCUGCCGGCCAGACAAGCUCCGAUUACAUAUGCUGAGACAUUCAGACCGCAAAGAUUUCCUCUGUUCCACGUGUGGCAAACAGUUCAAAAGGAAGGACAAGUUGAAAGAGCACAUGCAACGGAUGCACAAUCCUGAACGGGAGGCCAAGAAUGCUGGCCGCAUUCACAAGUCCAAGCCUUUCAAACCCAAGAUCCCCUCCACUGAUUACGAGAGCUUCAUGUUCAAGUGCCGAGCCUGUAUGAUGGGUUUCCGGAGGCGUGGGAUGCUGGUGAAUCAUUUGUCAAAAAGGCACCCGGAUAUCAGGAUAGAUGAUGUGCCGGAAUUAACAUUGCCCAUCAUUAAACCAAACAGGGACUAUUACUGCCAGUACUGUGACAAGGUGUACAAGAGUGCCAGUAAACGUAAAGCCCAUAUCCUGAAGAACCACCCGGGGGCUGAACUUCCCCCAAGUAUCCGUAAGCUGCGACCUGCAGCUCCAGGGGAGCCUGAUCCAAUGCUGAGCACACACACACAGUUAAAAGGCACCAUUGCCACUCUCCCUGUCUGCUGUCCACAUUGCUGUAAACAGUACAGCAGCAAGGCAAAAAUGGUGCAGCAUAUCCGCAAAAAACAUACAGAUGUUCUACAAGAGAAUCCGAAUGCACUUCAGACACUUCCUGCACAAGCACCGAUUGUGGCCACUGUGAUUAGUGCAGCACCAACUGUUGUGAACACUGAUGGCUCUGCUGGAGACACAAUUGUGACAACUGAUCUGCUGACUCAGGCGAUGAGCGAACUGUCACAGACGCUGACAACAGAUUACCGCCCACCACAAGGAGAUUAUCACCGUGUGCAGUACAUUCCUGUCUCUCAACAUAUCCAACCCAUUCAGGGACAGCAGCCUCAGCACAUCCAACUCCAGGUGGUACAGGUGGCACAGGCAUCCUCCCCCCAGCAGAAUCAGCAUUCGACAGUGGACGUCAGUCAGCUGCAUGAUCCUCAUGCUUUCAGCCAGCACUCUGUUCAAGUCCAGCAUGUCCAGGUGCCCGAUCAGUCCACUUCCAUAGCCCCCACUGGGUCCCAGACUGGAGGAGGUCAGCCACUGAGCCCUUCUUCGCAACCACCACAAGAACUCAGUCCUUCUCAGAUACAGGGCGGAACAUCAACACAAAACCCAGUGUUACAGCAACAACCAACAGCUUCUGUACAGCAUACAUACCUUCCUAGCACCUGGGGAUCCUUUCGCAACUACUCCUCUGAGAUUCAGAUGAUGACCAUUCCUCAGACCCAGUAUGUUAUUGCAGAAGCUCCUGUAGCUACAGUAAACAGUGGCCAGGUGAAAGCUGUGACACAGGAGCGUCAGCGAUACAGUCAGCCCCACAAAGCCUUCACCUUCCGCAUGCAUGGCUUUGACUCUGUUGUGGGCCCCGUGAAGGGAGUAUUUGACAAGGAUCCUUCUCUCAACAAGGCACGCGAACAUUCUCUGCUGCGAUCUGAUAGACCAGCCUAUGUCACCAUUCUAUCACUAGGUGAGAUUCUGACACUAGAUUUCAAAAUGUGGGAUUAG